GCUGACGGCCUCCCCGAGGGCGCUCUAGCCAUGCGGAAGACUCCCAUUUACUCCACCUCCCCCACUUCCGGCCGGUCUUAAUUCCGCUUCCGGUCCGAUUCUGGCGUCUUUGCUGAGGGUCACAUUGAGCUGCGAGUUGCUGCUGUGGUGUGUUUAGAGUCAGCACCAUGGCAGAAGACAUCAAGACCAAAAUCAAGAACUACCAGACCGCCCCUUUUGACAGCCGCUUCCCCAACCAGAACCAGACUAGGAACUGCUGGCAGAACUACCUGGACUUCCACCGCUGUGAGAAGGCAAUGACUGCUAAAGGGGGUGAUGUCUCCGUGUGUGAAUGGUACCGGCGUGUGUACAAGUCCCUCUGCCCCAUAUCCUGGGUGUCAGCCUGGGACGACCGCCGGGCAGAAGGCACAUUUCCUGGGAAGAUCUGAACUGGCUCCACCCACCUCUCCUCUGUCCUCCAUCCUUCUCCCAGGGUGGUGAAGGGGGACCUGGGUGCAUGGGGAUCCCAACCCUGAAAUUCUGAAUCAUGGCUUAACUAAUAAUAAAUAUUCGUUGGAAAAGUGUUAA